AACUUUAUGAUGAAUGAAACCAAAGUGAUGGAGUUCAUCUUGAUUGGAUUUUCAGAUUUUCCAGAACUGCAGAUUCCGUUAUUUGUCUUUUUUUUCCUGACUUACCUGGUCACUCUCACUGGAAAUGUCCUGCUAAUGACAAUUAUCAGGCUUCAUCAUCAUCUUCACAUCCCCAUGUAUUUCUUCCUUUCCAUUCUCUCUUUUUCAGAAACUUGUUAUACAUUUGCUGUCAUUCCCAAGAUGCUGGUAAAUUUAAUAACAGAAGAAAAGUCAAUUUCUUUCACUGGAUGUGCUCUUCAGAUGUUUUUCUUCAUUGGCUUUGGAGGCACUAACUGUAUGCUUCUAACAGCAAUGGGGUAUGACCGAUGUGUGGCUAUAUGUAAACCUUUACAUUACAAGGUCCUCAUGAAUGACAGAGUCUGUAGUCAGCUAGUGGCCUUUGCAACAGUGACUGGCUUUACCUUGUCCUUGAUAGAUACCUACUUUAUAUUCACAUUGCCUUUCUGUGGAGAGAAGGAAAUUAAUCACUUCUUCUGUGACAUGGCUCCUGUCAUUCAGGCAGCUUGCACAGAAAAUAAUGGAAUUGAGAUAGUAAUUUUUAUUUUUUGUAUUGUGGUUGUGUUUGGCUCAUUCUUGUUGAUUCUUCUCUCGUACGUUUUGAUCUUCAACACCAUUCUCAAGAUCCCCUCUACUGAAGGGAAACAUAAAGCCUUUUCCACUUGUGCCUCCCAUCUCACUGUGGUUGUUGUGCACUUUGGGUGUGCCUCCAUCAUCUAUUUAAGGCCCAAAUCCGUCUAUUCCCUAGAGGAGGACACUCUGAUUUCUGUCACUUACACUGUGGUGACUCCCUUGCUGAACCCUGUGGUUUAUACCCUGAGGAACAAGGAUGUACACUUGGCGCUUUGGAAGGGCUUGAGAAGAAAAUUGUGCACGUGGAUGAGGUGA